AUGGAAUACGCCAGACCUCGCCAACAGUGGCUUGGGUGUCUUCCCUGGAUUGCGCGCUUCGUCUUCCUGUGCGUGGGCUUCCUCCUGAGCACACCUGAAACAGGGGCCAAGAUUCGUGAGCUCCAGUGCGAAUUCCAGACCAGUGCAUUCUCGAUUUCUGAGAAGGCUCUGCCAGAAAACCCAUACUCUGCCUCCUAUCCAGAGGACUUCGUCGUCAGAAAUGGGUCCCAGCUACAGGUCAAUGGGGAGCGCUUCCACUUUGCAGGCUUCAACAACUACUACCUGCCCACCUAUGCAGCCGACCCGCACUUCCUCAUCGAGCGCACCGGCGAUGUGGACGUCGUUUUCAGGGACGCGAAGAAACUGGGCCUGACAGUGCUGCGCACAUGGGCUUUUGCAGACGGCUCCCAGUGGAAUGCCAUCCAGCCGUCUCUGGGCAUUCUGGACGAGCGAGUCCUCAGCGGGGGGCUGGACUAUGUGGUCGCAAUGGCAUGCAGUCACAACAUGCGGCUGGUGCUGACAUUGACCAACUACCUGACGGCCUUUGGGGGAAUGCAGACGAACGCAUUUAAGGACUAUGUGAAGGCAAUUCUGACGCGGCGCAACAGCAUCACAGGAGUUCUCUACAAGGACGACCCCACAAUUAUGGCCUGGGAUCUUGCCAAUGAGCCGUGGGUUCUGGGAGAUGACUCAGGCCAGACCCUCACGGCAUGGGUGAAAGACAUGGCGGAUUUUGUGAAGGCGGUCGAUCCAAACCACUUAGUCAUGGUGGGCACAUGGGGCUACUUUGGUGCUUCCAGCCCAGGACUGCUAGCUGAAAACCCACAAGACCUCUCCUGGCGAGCCAGUGACUCCAGCAAUAAUGCAGGCAUCUGGUCCGCAGAUCCUGUGUGCAAGGGGGAGGACUUCAGGGCCUUAAUGUCCAACACCAGCGUGGAUAUAGGCUCUGUGCACCUGUACCCAGAGUUCUGGCAAGUCUGCACAGAUGACUGCAAGGUGAGCCUGGGUACAGUUCCGGUGCCAGUUCAGGCGACGCUGACUAAUCUGGGCUACUGGACACUUUGCAGCGUAGACUGCCGAGUGAGAUUUCUCAAGCGCUGGCUGCGCGUGCAUUUUGAGGAAGGCGCAGCAAUCGGCAAGCCUGUGAUCGUUGGCGAGUUUGGGAGUCAACGCCCCAUGCAGACGCGCAACGCCAUCUAUGCAGCAGUGUACGAUGAGAUCCUUCAGUCAGCUAUGGAGGGUCUACCCGCGGCAGGCAGCCUGUUCUGGAUCCUGUCAUCGACUGUGCAUGCAGACUUUGAUGACUACACAAUCUACACGGAUGCUUCAAAGUACCCACCCAACCCCAUUCUGAAUGCGCCACUGCCUGGGGACGCCCCCUGCAACCCUCCACCAGAUGCGACGGACUUCUUCCAGUCGAGACCAUACCUACAAUGCGCAGCCAACCAUGUCCCUCUCGUACUGAACGCCAGUGUGGACAUCUUCAACGACGGCUGGGAGAAGACAUUGCAGCUGAUCUCUGAGCAGUCUGCUGCGCUUUCGGACAUGUAAAGACACCCUCAGUGGCGGCGAGGGAAAGUCAAAACGCAUAUUUAUGGCCUUUACAGUCACACCCGGCUGGCGUCAAUUACUGAGCACCGUGCCCACAGUUGAUUGGGUCAUGCUCGGAUCUGGGGGGAUGGCUGAAAGCUUGUGCAGAGACGUGCAGAGAAGAAAGCAGUCAUCACGGCAAAAGUUGGAGUAGAAUAGGUUGCAUUCUUGCAUCAAGCAAGGCAUGCCCCAGACCCGCGUCGUGCACCAGCUUCAUGAGAGAAUAGCACAGCAUGUUUGGCACCCAUUCUUUGGUGUCCCUCCAUUCAUUUGUAGUCAUAGACUGGGGGCAUAAUCGACAAGGCAGGACAUGCUUGAUCUCUGUAGCUUUAUUUGCAAGAUUUGCAGCUGUGCUGGUGUUGACAAAGC